ACGUGCCUGCCACGUGAUCGCGCCCGUGCGGAGCCGAGAGUGGCGCCUCAGGAGGUCCCACGGGCGCAGCCUCCCGGAGGCCCGGAUGCAGCUGCCCGAGUCAGGGCGGCCUCGGGGGUUCGGACCGAGGCUCAGACUGCCUUACCCCGGCACCUUCCCAGAGGGAGAAGCGCUAGGGAGGCGGGCUUUCCCGGCACACCCGGCCGUGGAGGGGUUCCUGGCGGGGGCCGGGGGCUCGGGCCCGGCGACCCCGACGCCGGCCGGACCUCAGAGCCGGCUCUGCGCCCCGCUAGCAGGCAGGCGGGCUUUUAUCUAAGCGCUUACCAGAUGCCAUGUGGCCUUUAUUUUGGACAGCAUUUCGUGCCUACGCUCCCUAUGUCACGUUCCCUGUGGCCUUUGUGGUGGGGGCUGUGGGCUACCACCUGGAGUGGGUCAUCAGGGGGAAGUCGCCCCAGCCUAUAGAGGAGGAGAAGAGCAUCUCAGAGCGCCGGGAAGACCGAAAGUUGGAAGAGCUGUUAGGCAAGGACCUCACACAGGUGGUGAGCCUUAAGGACAAGUUUGAAUUUGCUCCCAAAGCUGUACUGAACAGAAAUCGUCCUGAGAAGAGCUAAUGGAGGGCCCUUCCUGGAACCUGUGGAAAUGGCAGUCUGUGGCCACCAUCUCUGCCCCAGCCUUCCUAGACCCUGCGUAUGAUUUUCUCUGCUUCUUGUUCCAGCCGUUCUCCUUUUCCUCCCUUUCCAGCCUCCUCCCCCCUUCCACUUUUUUUCCUCUUGAUUGCCAGAUUGGUUCCACCAAUCUCCUUGGGCAUUUUGCUGCUACCAUCCAGUGAUUAAGCUGCUGUCCAACCUGAGGAUAGGCACUAUAAAAGAAAACUCCUGUUCCCUGCGAGGGAGGAUGCCCUCUGUCUCAUGGUGACUACAACUGCUUAAGUUUCCUGAGCUUGGAACUCUGUUCAAGGGGAGCCAGCUUACAAGGGAGUUAUACUCACCAUGCCCCACUAUGAGUUGGCAUUGGCCCUGGGACUGGCCUUUGAUGACUAGUGAAAUAUCAGCUGUCAAUCCUUAGGGGGGGGAGUUUUGAGUCUGGCUUCAUGUGGGCACAACUGGAAGCUUUUGUCUCCUUCCAGAGGUUGUGUAGGCCAGUGGGAUGGUGCUGGCACUCCUGGGCCCAGACGGCAUUGGAGUGAAUUCUGAAAUCAGUCUGUCUCUUUUCUCCAUCCCCUCCCCUCCCAUUCCCUGUUCUUAUUUGUCCUGGAAGCUCUCCCUUUAUGCCCUGGAAGGGGAUUGUGUUCAUAUGUUCCCAUGAGAAGGAGAGCAGGAGCUGUGAAAGGGAGGCUAGGUUGUUCCCACUGGGAGGAGGGGGAGCAUCUCUCUGUUGAAUUUGCUUGAAAACACCCCCUUUCCUGUAGAGUACAAUCCAAUUAAACUGGAUCCUGAGAACCAUGCUGCUUCCAUUCUCCCUGCUGGUGUGAUGGUGGGAUAUGCACAGGGUGGAAGACCAUCAGUGACUGAGAAAGGCCUACAGCCUGAGCCAUUGCCAGAUGAGCAGCAGCUGCUUUCUCAGGAAUUUCUUAGCAGGUCCCUGGGACAGAGGUUCCCAAACUACAUUAAGCAUACUACAUUUUAGUGGUUGUGAUCAGUUCUAGUCACCACAAGGGCCUGGAGGGACCAAAAGGAGUCAGGGAGGUUUGGGGAAAAUAGAGGAAAUUGUUUCUCAUUCUGACAAGUUGCUGUACUUGAUAGCAGCAUAUAAUUUAUAAGCUAUAUACUGUUCUAAUAUUAGCCCUUUGGUCAGCACCAUCCCAGAGACUAAAUUAGUCAUCUGGGAGGAGGACCUGAAAAGUGAUGCCCCUUUUCAUACACCUGUCAAAGAUUUGAAAACAUAGGUGUUGGGUUGAAAUUUAAGGGGAAGGCAACCACACUUGUCAAAGGGAUGUCUUAUUCCUCUAUUAGCAUCUGUCCUAGAGAGUUGGGCUUGGGGAGGUUUGAUACUGUUCUCACUUGAGUGAAAGUUUGAAAUGGGGCUGUAUUCUGGGAGAGCCUGAGGCAGGCUGCCAUUCAGAUGGCAAGCAUUUAUUAAACAUUCACCCUGUGCCAGGCUCUGUUUAAGUGCUGGCAGUCUGAGAAAAUGUGCCUGCCCCCAGGAGCUCACUUUGUCAGGGGGCAGACAGCAUGCAGGCAGGUAUGUUCAAAUAGGAUGUAGGCAGUGGGAGUUGGACAUAGUCUCAGGCUAGAGUCAUUGGAGCCCUUGCAUCAUCAUCUUGGGGAGUUACUGGCCCUGCUCCUGGGGGUGCGUGGGUCCUGGGAGAGCCUUCCACUUCAUUACAUCCUCCGUGGCUCAUAAAGCAUGGUAGAAUUGGAACAAUCUGAGGGGAAUCUGCCAGGAGCUGAAGGGGCUGUUUUUAGGCCCUGGAGGCUGGGAGCUGGGAUGGGGUAGGGCAGGAGGCAAAGAGAUUUUAUUUUGUACCACUCCUUCCUGUCUUCCACUCCUUGAAUUUGUAUGAUGGGUCAGAGCUGCCCCCUUGUGGUGGUAGUGAGCACCAUAAGGCUUCUGAAAUGCAUAUGAUUAUAGAUCACUAUCAGGAAUAUCCCUUAGCAGUAAAACUGA